AUGCUGUCCGAAUUCAACGAAACAUGUGGAUGCUCACACAUGUCUUCAGCUGAAUCUUCAAAAGACGAUAUUCACGCUCAACGGAUGGGUCUCGGAUGCCCCAUUCACGCUCAACGGAACGAACAUAUCCGAAUGCACCAGCUAGGUUUAUCUGGGUCGAGAAUUGAACAUGAUAAACGACCUGACCCUCGAGCUGGACAAAAAGAGACGAGCGGCUGGGGAGCGUACAAGAGCAUCGAGGAUGUAGUGAAGAAGACCAGGAACACCCGGCUCCGUGCUCACCUCUUCAACACCACCGCACUUCUUGCUUUGACCUAUACUCCGGAAACCUUGGCAUUUCGCAAGCAGGAAGAAAACGCGGUGAGCGUCAUUGAACGCGCAACUGAGAGAGUGAUGUUAGGAGUAUCCCGUUUCACGCAAGUGAGGGACGGAAUUCGAAGUUCUCUCCUACGUCAGCGAUCGAAGGUUAGCGUUUGCCAAGGAAAGUAA